AUGUCGUCGCCGCCACCCACCACUCCCAGCGCCCUCCUUCCGCGCAAGCGGCCGUCAAUCUCGUCCACAGCAUCCGGCCAAGCGAAACGGCCGCGCAUGCAUCCUCUUCGCCAAACCUCUUUCCCAACGGGCAUGGGCCUGGAAUACGAUAACUCACGCAGUCGAGCGCCCAGUGAUGCCGGGAGUGUUACGGGCAGUUUCACGGGUAGUCUGGGAGGCACAAGCAGUGUAUUCGACGGACCGAAGAAAAGGGGUCGCAAGAAGAAAGCUGAUAAAGAAAGGGAAGAUGCUUCGAUAGCAAGAGGUGGUGCAGCAGAUGGACGGAGUACGAGGGUUGGUUCGGCGGACAUUGAUGGAGGUUCAGUCAGAGGGGGAGCUGGAGGAGGGAAUGAGGAAGCUGCAGAGGAGGAAGAGGAACAGGAUAUGGAAGGGGAUAUGCUUGGUGGCACAGAGGGGUUUCUUGAUGUCGCUACGGAGAAGAAGAAUCUUGCUGUUCUGACAGGUUCAUUCACACCGCUUCAAGCAGAUCGAUAUGAGAAAUGGAACCGUACACGAUUACGAAAAGAGACUCUUCGUCGGAUUGUCAAUCAUGCUCUGUCACAGUCUGUUCCGCAGAGCGUUGUGACUGUGGUGAAUGGCUUCACCAAGGUUUUCAUCGGCGAGAUUAUCGAGAAAGCUAGAACUGUGCAGGAAGAAUGGGCGGAAGCGUUCGAUCUCUCUGCUCGCGUGACCUGGGAACGCGAACAGGCUGAACUCGAGACGGCUGCAGCUGCAAAGGCAGCAGCUGAAGCAGAAGCCAAGGCCAGAGAGGAGGCAAAGGCAAAAGAAGAUGCCAAAGCUCGGGAAGAAGCACAAACAAACUCUGGAUCAGCAUCAGCCGAAUCCAAAGAAAGCGACAAAACAACCACUGCAAUGAAAAGCGAACCCCAAUCUCCUCCUGGGCCGAAUAAUAUUCCAGCCCUGCCAUCAGCAGCCGGGUUUCCCACGACUCAUUUAACACCUUAUGCAUCGACUCCGAAUGCAGGACAACUGGCCAACGGAAUGAAGAUGGAGACACAUCGCACUUUUAUCCCCCCAGUAAACCCACAUCGUGGCCAGCUACUUCCAGAUCACAUUCGUGAAGCUCUAAGACGCUACAAACGUGAUGGCGAGGGUGGAGGGACUGGUAUGUCUGGUCUGAGUCAGCCGAUGAUGGGAGUUAGAGGUGCCUUUUCCUGGCAGGCCGGACCUGGAGGGAGGAGAUUGUUUCGAUGAAUCUGAUAACCAUGAAAAUGCUUAUUUGUGGAUAUGAGCUUUACUGACGAUACCCUUUGCAUUAUUUUUGAGCAUUACUUGAACUAACUUGUCCUUUUUGGGAGAAAACAAUCAUCACAUC